AGUAUGCAUCUUACCAUAGAUGAUGUAUAUGGAAGAAUUGGACAUUUUGGAAAUAGACAAAAAAUUUAUUUUUUUGUACUAUGUAGUCUCAAUGGAUGGUGUGCAUUCCAUCAACUGUUAACUGUAUUUGUUGUGACUUCAAGGCCUACUUCCUCAGAGGGAGGGUGGAUUCAGAAAAGAUAGCAUGUUAAGGAGCUAUCUCACUGGAGUUUGUACCUGCAAUUGAUUCACAGUAGCAUUUAUAUCUUCAAGUUUUAACUUUUUUUUGUUAAUGUGGAUUGUGCAUUGCUUGUAUGUAGAAGCUCCUCUGUGACUGCUCCUGUUGAUGGGUGUUUUUGUGUUUAGUGUUAUAUGAAGAGGAAACUUAGAAAAUAUGUAAAGGAACUAAAAUCUCUUCUAGUUCUGUAAUUUUGUAUAAUAACGUUCUUCCACUGCUGCCUUUGUUCAUUAAGCAUUUUUCAUUUUUCAUGUCUUUGUAUGUUUAUUAUACAUGUUUGAUUUUGACUUGUGUAUGCUAACUGUUUAUUUAUGCUUAUUCUGUAGUUUUAUUUCUUAGGAAUUUCUCUUUUAUAGUAAUCUUUUCUUCUUGGUCUUACUGUCACUAACUUGCUUCUAAAGAAAUCUUGAAGUAUGUUUUAGGGAAAAAAGUAGUAGAAAUUUAACUUCAAAUGUUGGGUUUGGAAUAAUUGAUGAUCAUGUGAACAUCUAGAUGUUGUGAUUUGUAGUUAGGUAUAAAUUGGCAGACACAUGGAUGGUAAUUAUGCAGUUUUGGAUUUAUUAUCAGAUUAUAUUUUUUUAAUCAAGAGUAUUAUAAAACUAAUAAAGAUUGCUCCAGAGCCAGGUGAUUUAAAGUACUUUUGAACACACUUUUGAUAGAUAUAGAUAGAACUAAUUAAAUAAGGCCCAGAGCGAGAGAGCAAGAGAAAGAGAAAGAGAGAGUUAGAUAAUUAACAGAAAGAAAAGUGAGAAUAAUUUGAAUGCAUGUACAAGGAGGUAUUUAAGAAAAAUAGCAAGAAUAAGUGUUUGUAUGCAUAAGUAAUAUUCAUCUUAAUUAGUUCUGUGUACAUAAGUGUAGGCUUUUACCUUGAGUUGUGCAUUUAUAAUGAUACUAAUAUGUGAAUGUUUUGAUUGUUUUACACAACUGAUACAAUGCAACAAAUAUCAUGUAUCAAUUCUGGUCAGAAAAUGUACUAAGAAGAGACUGAUAUUCUCUAGGGAGUGAAUGUUAAUUGUGGUAGCCUUGUUCUCUUGCAGGAAUGAAUAAUGAGUACUGCUAACACUAACUCGGGAUGUCUAUAAGCCAGCAUGGGCUGCUUGCUAUAUAAUUUAUUUUGCUAAAUGUAAAUUUAUAUUUUUCUUUAAGUGUUUAAUUAUCUGUAUAAGCCUAAAUGGUUUCUAUUUCUAGAAGUGAACAAUAAUCUGUGAUUUUCCUAACUUGAAGUACAAUGACAUUUUGUAACCACUCAUGAAAGAACAGUGGUGUUAUUUCCAUAUGUGCAGAAUAAACAAAGUGGCAAGAUAGAAGCAAUCAAGUGAAUAUUAAAUGUACACACAUUAAGAUUACCAUCAGUUUAUAAUCAUCUGCUCAGAAAAACAAACAGACUGAAAGGCAAAGUGAUCACUCUACUGUUAUACAAUGCAUUAUACAGUGGAUGAUGUGUUUGAAUUGAUUGGACAGUUCGGUUGGAGCCAGAGAACAUACUUUCUCCUCUUAGGUAUUCUUCAGAUCUUCGUGGCUCCUCAAAUGCUCCUUAAUGUAUUCACUGGUUUAGAUCCAACUUUUAAAUGCUAUGAAAAAAAUGCAAGUAGUGCUGCGGAGCCUCUCAUUAAUAAGUGCAUUAACAAUGACCCGCAAGAGUGCAGAAUAUCCUACACAUCGGAGUACAAAUCUUUUGCGUCAGAGUGGAACCUGAUAUGCGGUGAAAAGUACAAAGUAGCACUGGUUCAGUCAAUAUGGAUGGGAGGAGUCAUGACUGGCGCACUGGUACUCGGCAGUGUAGCUGAUGUCAUUGGGAGACUCAAGACCCUCAUGGUGUCCAUCCUGGGAACCAUUGCUUUUGAAGGUUUCAGUGCCUUUGCCCCAACGUUAAUGAUAAUGAUAAUUCUACGAUUUUUAGGAGGAGUAUGCUGUGCCCUGGUGAUACUUGUGAGUUUCGUACUUUCUCAAGAAUUAAUUGGAACCAGCUGGCGCAGCUUUUGUGGGAUGUGUGUAGCCAUGGUCUUUGCUAUAGGGAUUGGUAUCUAUUCAUGGCUGGCUUCCAUUAUGAGUGACUGGAGAACGCUAACUCUCGUCUGUUCAUUGUCAGGAAUAGUUUUCCUUUUGUUACCAUGUUAUGUUCCUGAGAGCCCACGGUGGUUAGUUACACAGGGCAGAACUGAUGAAGCAAAAGUUAUUCUAGAGGAUAUGGCCAAGAAAAACAAAAAGAGCAAAGAACUACCUAGUCACUGGGAGGUUAAGUCAAGUGGUGGCAAGAAUAAAGACAAGAAAUCUAAUGGUGUCAGGGAUUUGGUCAGCCAUCCCUAUGUUCUACUUCUUACCUUGAUUCAGAUAUUUUCCUGGUUUGUAAAUAGUUGCACCUACUAUGGGUUAACUAUGGCUGCCAGUAACCUUGGAGGAGAUGUGUAUAUUUCUACAGCUCUUAGUGGGUUGAUAGAGAUUCCAGCAUGUAUCACAGCUGCUGCAGUUAUUGAUAGAGUUGGGCGACGUAUAACAUUAUGUACAGCAAUGCUGUUGGGAGGAACAGCCUGUAUUUGCAUUCAGUUUAUACCAGUGAAGUAUGUUACAGUCAUAACUGGUCUUGCACUUUGUGGCAAAUUAAGCAUUUCUGCAAGUUUUUCUGUUGCUUAUGUUCAUAGUGCUGAAAUUUUUCCCACCAUUAUUCGUAACUCGGCUGUUGGCAUUGUUUCGGUUGCUGCAAGGGUGGGUGGCAUAAUUGCUCCCUUCAUCCUUAUGCUGGGUGACUACAUUCCAAAUAUGCAAUUUACUGUCUUUGGUUUAAUGACAUUCUUGGCGGGAAUGAUGAACCUGAAGCUGCCUGAAACACUGGGGCAACCAAUGCCUGAAAACAUAGCAGAUGUAAUUGCAUUCCGUAGUAAUGAGAAGGUAAUGAAAUCUGGUAAGAAGUACCAGAAACUGAAGAUGCUUGAUGAAGAGGUGGGGGCAGAGACUGUGAGGCCUCGCACCCCUACCAAGAAGGGGGAAGUUAGAGAAGACCAGGAACCCCUUCUGGAAGAGUAACAGCUGAUGGUUUUAAGACAUUUUAGACAAAAUUUGUCUCCUAUACAGAUAUGAGUGAGAAUUUAUUAAGAGGUUAUAAAGCUUUUUCUUUCUUCUUCUUGUUGUCACUCACCAUUAUCUAUUUAUUAUUAUUAUUAUUAAAAUUAUUAUUAUUAUAUAUAUUUAGAUGAUGAUGAUCAUCAUAAUCAUCAUCAUCAUUGUUGUCA